UUGAGGGAAUUGAGGGCAUUGCUGGGACCUUCUCUGGAGUCCUUUAUCCAAGCAUCAAUUACAGAGGAAGGCAGAGAGCUACAUUUUCCCGGACUGGCGGUAACUUCGAGACUCAAAGAUGCUUGUCAACCCCUCACUGAUGUGAGCAAGGCGAAAAUACCAGCAAACAAGAUCGCUCUCGUCAUCCUUCAACUGGAAAAUGAAACUACUUGUCCACUGCAAGACUUGGCGCUAGAAGCUCAGAGAGCAGGGUAUUCUGUUCUUAUAUACUUCGGUUACUCUGCCAAAACAACCGCAAUACAUGUGCGAAGUAAAGAGAUAUUAUUGAUCCCGGUUUUAGAAGUUGAGGCUAAGAUCUAUGAUGCUCAGUGUGCGUUUUUGUUCCCAAAAGCAAAUAGAACAGAUACAAACAAGGCGGAAAUCAGCAUACAGGCUGACAGACAGACAGGCAAAGAACUGAAAGCAAUGAAUUCUUACUUUCGCAAAUUUUACUACUGGUUUCUUGUGGGGCCAAUCAUCACACUCGUGUGGAUGAUACGGACAAAGAAAUUCUGUUGGCAUUCCGGACGGCAUGAAAGAAGUGAAAAUCCAUUAGAGCCGGAAGCGGAGAACCAAGUCGAGACUGAUGCUGAAAGAGAAAUUCGAACAAUGGAGGAAGGCGAGAACAGAACUGGGGAGCCAGUACAGGUAUUAGCAUGCCGAGAAAAACCUGCUGAAGAACAACCCCUACUAAGUGCCGUAAGUAAUGACUCUCGUGAUAACAGAUGUCGUCCUCAAGGAAGUGGUUCUGUUGAACACUACAGUGUUUGUUACGAAGCAGCGAUAGGCUUUGGUUAUCUGAUUCUUAUUUUAGCAGCUCUCCCAAUAGGUUUGUCUUUUGGAGGACUAUCCUUUUUUAGAUUUGAUGAUGGAGACAAUUUUAUCGGUCCUCUUUGGUGGUCACCUUUUCAGAUACUUUGCUUUUUCUUGUACAGCCACCUUGCCUGUAGAAAUAAACGGAGAUGGACAUGGACUAUUUCCACAACAUUUUCAAAAUUAAUCCGAAAUGACUGGUUCGCUUCGAACAUUUAUUUGCUAGUGUUGGGUUUUGUGGAGCCAUUGUGCUCAUUAGCAGGUUGGAUGGAUAUCAGUUCUUUCGAGUACCUUGCAGUUUACAAUUCCGUAAACACAGUAUGUAAUUUCCUUUUUUUAAUCAUUCUAAACAAGCACAAAGUUGUCACGCGCUACGUUUUCUACAUCAGUGUGUGUAUGAUUUGCGCUUACAUCCAGAGCGAUGUUGUUGCUUUGUUUUAUUUUGCACUCAAUUCUAAAGGAUCCUUACAAAACGUCAAACUCACAGCCAUCCGAACAGCGGCAAUUACUCUCACAUUGGUUGUAAGUUUUAGGACCUCUAUGCACAUCAUUCGCAAACUCAUCAAGCCAAGGCAAUCACUGUUUGAGGGACUUGGUGAACAGUGA